UGUCACGCAGCGUGUUGGUACAGACUCACGUGUUAUAUAGACAGUGAGGCCCAGAGACCUGCUCAGUGCGUCGCUUCUUGCUCAUCCAGACACUGCCUCCUGGUCCCUGGCCACUACUCAUUCACACACACACACACACCACCUGCAGCAUCCAGCUAUGGCGCGCAUGACCCCCGUCGUCCUUGCGUUUUCUUGCUGCCUGCUUGUGUUCGUCCUGCUCCCAGCCACGCCCGCCCAGGCCCAAGGGGCAUAUAGGGUCCCACGGCACAGGAAUCGCUGGUGGGCCCAGCCUCGCUCACUGUGGUCCCAGGCACGGUCCAUGAUGCCUCGCCUGUACACAGUAGCCUCGGACGCCGUCUCCGUCUUGGUCCUGCCUGCGCUUGCUGUCUUGGCCAUAUCAGGCUUGUGGCCAGAACGUCAUCAUUACCAGAUCAAGCGCGAGGCGGACGAGACGGAGAAGGUUGAGGUGGGGGGGAUGACGGAGUACCUACUGGGCGUAUACCAGAAGGCCAUCGAGUCUGACUUGUGCAUCCAGCGGCUCGCCUGCAAGCUGGGAGCUGCCUCUACAUCCCUCAAGCCACACCACCAGAAACUUGUCCUCAGGCUCCUGGGCUACGUCACCUCCUCGAGAUACAGCAACUUGUUCACCAAGUUCAAGGCCGGAGUGAACGAGGAGAAGUGCGAGACUUUCGAGUGCUCUGUCAUCGACAAGAAGUGAAGAAAUCUUCCGAAACCUCCUCAUCUAUUAAGAAUUCUUGAUGGGAAUUCCAGUUCCGCAGAAUUUAGUUUUAGCCAAGCAUCCUGAGCAAUAAAUGAAGUCGU